UUCACUUAGUGACAUGGUGACACUUUAAAACAAUUUUGCUCAAAGUAUAAGCGGUUGUGUUAAUACAAAAGUUAAAUUGAACCGUUUUUGUAACCAUGGCAACGAUCGAACAGCUCGGAUAUAGCGCAUUUUUUAUCGUGUUGACCUGCAUUUUUGCUAUCGUGGCGCGAAGACUUAACGAACGAUUAACGAAAAAUGCAUUGGUGAAAGAGUUGGUUUUUGAGGCGAUUGCAGCAGCAGAGCUGUGCGGCUGCUGUUUCGAGCUAAUCAUUGUGGCGGACAACUUUGGCGUUGCAACAUAUGCGGUAUUUCUGUUCACCCUCACCAUUUGGUGGGGACGUAACUGGGGUUCGGCUACCGCCUGUCCCUACACCUAUAUGGAACAAAUUGUCGAAGGCGAAGUCAGUUUGAAGGAAGCUGCUCUUAAGAUUUGGGCUCAACUGAUGGGCGGAUGUUGCAUUUUCCGCUACGUGCAGCUGUACUGGUGGCUCGAGCUGGCAGAAACUCACGAAGGACGUGCCUUUGAAGAUUGCAAAGCUGAUUUACAGGUGAACCUGUAUCUCGGUGCGUUUAUUGAAGGAUUUGCAACACUCUGCUGCCGUUUGGCGUCCAAGGUGAUAUCGGAAAAGGACGCCCGGUUUGGUGCGUUCAUCGACUCCUUCAUCGGUACCAGCCUCGUGGUUGCCGUUUAUCGCACAGCAAUUUUUAUGUUUGCAGCAUUUAACUAUUCGGGCGGAUACUUCAACCCGGUGCUGGCCACCGCCCUCAAGUGGGGCUGUGCCGGUAAUUCCGCCCUCGAGCACAUCAUUGUGUACUGGAUUGGUUCCUGUGUCGGAGCGGUCCUCUCGGUGCCCCUGUUCAAAACGGCCAGCUUCCGGAACAUGUUCUUGUCGGACAGAUCCAAGCAGGAUUAAUGUGCCAAUGGAAAAAACCAAAGCUACUCCACAGAUGCGAUAAACUAGUCAAACGAAGUGUGAUUUAACUGCUCGAGUAAUUUAUUUGCUAUGUUAAUACGGAAUCCCAUCUCUUGAUCAGCUCGUAUGCGAUCCAGCGGUUGUGUUGUGGGGCAUUUCCCUGCCAGCAUGUGGCUCAGAUGCCCAAUUAAAUGGAUCGUGAAGUUGAAACUCCCAUUGUGCUACGUGGUAUGUUGAAAUAAAUAGUCCAUUACGGUGCUACAGAUCCCUCAAAAUCCAUCCAAUACGUUGUCGUCGUAGAAGGGUAGAUCAAACCAUUGCCACAUGUCGCUGCGUGAGGUGUCCAACACGUACCGAACACAUCGUCGAAGAAAAACUCUGCACAAAGGGUUGAUUAGCUUCCGGUUCCAUGCGGCGAUAAUGGUUGCGAUAAUAAACUUACUUGUUUGAAUGCUCGGCACAAUCAACAAUCGGGUACUGCUUCUUGUAGCACUGAUCUCGUACAGUAAAAUAAAAGCUUCCCAACUUGUUGGAAAACGUUGUGUUAACCUGACGGAGACAGUU